AUGCCCUUCUCGCAGGUGUCAUUCGACUUCUCCACCGUGGAGCGGCAAGAGGAGGAGACAGACUCGCCCUCUUUCCCGGUGUUGCCCUUGGCGCAGUCAGAGGGAGUCACCACCGUCUACCGAAAAGAGCUGGUGGAGUGCAAGGUGACCACGGCGGAGAAGGACUUGCAGCAGAAGGUGGGAUUGCCAGCGCUCAGCCAGUGGAAGGCCACGGACCCCCAGGGCAACACCAAGUUCUUCCAGUGGCUGACAGACACAGAGGCUGAAGCCAAGAAGGUGAAGCUCCAGGUCAAGGGUUCGCAUAUUUCCACGCUGGUCCGUGCACCCAUCGGCCUCGACGAAGAGGCUCUUCGUGAGUAUCUCGUCUCCUGCAAUAUCGACAUCGCGAAGUUCGGGCACGACGGCACCAAGAGCCUGAAGGAGUUCUCUUCCGAGUUGAUCAAGGGAGAGACGCGCCUUCUGCAGGUGGCAAGCGGUGAGAUUUUGGUGAUCACGGAGGUGGUGAUGCUCAUCCUCCACAACCCGGCGACCAAGGAAACCCUCGUGCAAACCGCCCAGGUGUGGCCCGAUGGCAAGACGAGCCAUCAAGCCCGAAUUCCCGGGGCAAAGCGGCGCCCUGAUGAGAACCAGUUCCUCUGCGCGCGCCGCAUCCUGAAGAGGCAGCUGGAGAUCGAUGAGAACGCG